CCGGAUGCAUCGGGGCCAACGCAAGAAGCGGCCUCCCAGAGUCGACUCUCGAUUGGAGGCGGUGGCGGGGGCUGUGACGCGCCGACUGGAAGGCCCGCCUCCGCUCCGAGCUUCCCAGGAUCAAAAUCUUCUCCGAGUACCGCCAUGCGUCCGGACCAGGCCACGUCCUGGUACCGGCGGAUGUCCGCCGUCUACGCGCUGGGCGCCUGGACCCUGCUAGGCUCCUUGAUUUUUUUAGGCCGGAAAAAGAGCAAAGUACCAGGCAAUGAAGUAGAGCAAAAGGAUGUCGCAAGAAAUGAAAUGCUCGAGCCGCCGAAAGGGUUUUACGUGGAAACAAUUGUCACAUAUAAAGAAGAUUUUGUUCCAGUCACUGACAGGAUCCUCAACUUUUGGAAAUCAUGGACUGGUGGCCCUGGACCAGAAUCCUGAUUAACUGCUGAAAGCUGAAAACCGGGACUGGGUUCAGCAUAUACAUUUGAUGGAUGCCUUAAUUUCCAGUUUAUGUUUGUGAAAAGUGUAUCCAUUUAAUUUAAAUUUUGCUGUGAAAUAUAAUCACUAGUAAUAUGCAAUAAAUAUUUCCUUGAAGAAAAGUAAA